AAAAGAUAGGAGAGUCUUCACAACAUUACAUGAUAUCAUCUUAAUUUCCUUAAAAUAGCAUAUUUUCACUAUCUAAGCAAAAAAAAUUCUAACCACAAAGAUAUGCACAAAAAUUGAAUGGACAACCAAAAGAAGCUAAAUUUUACUUGUUUCUCCUAAUUUUCUUUCAUUCUUCCAACAAUCAAAAAAAGAAACCAGUUUUUAUUGCAAUUACCAACAAUAAAAAUAGAAGCUUUCACAUGAAAAAAUAGCUAGAAUAAAACUCUCCACCUUCAUUCUUCAAUUCUAGCACACAAAGAAGGCAUUAUUGUUGAUUCCAUUCGAGGUGUUGGCGUGGUGGUUCGAAGCAUGAGGGCACCAAUUUAACCACCAUAAUUGGGUUAUAAUCAAGGGAGAAAGAAAAGCACCAAAUAUUUUUUUUCAAAGAAUAAAGUUUGUUAUAAAAAAGAGUGAUCAUUUUCCAAGAAAAAUCAAGAAUAAGAUACAACUACGUUUGCAUGUUCUUGCUCCCUUGAAAAAUAAAUAAAGGUAAUAAACAUAAAAAUUAAAAAUGGCAGAAAGUACAAAUGCAACAAAUACAAAUUCAUUGGAGUCUAGCCCUAUAGUAUGUUAUGCACCAACAAUGAUAACAACAAAUGGGGUGUGGCAAGGAGAUAAUCCCUUAGAUUAUUCCUUACCACUCUUCAUUUUGCAAUUAACGAUGGUGGUCGUUACUACUCGUGUUCUUGUUUUCAUCCUCAAGCCACUUCGCCAACCCCGAGUCAUCGCUGAAAUCCUUGGAGGUGUUAUACUUGGACCUUCAGUCUUGGGGAGAUUUGAACGCUUUGCCAACACCAUAUUUCCUCUAAGAAGUGUGAUGGUGCUAGAAACUAUGGCGAACAUUGGCCUCUUGUAUUUCCUAUUUCUGGUUGGGGUUGAGAUGGAUUUAGCAGUUAUCAAACGUACUGGGAGGAAGGCGAUCAGCAUCGCAAUUGGGGGAAUGAUCUUACCCUUUGUCAUUGGAUGCACCUUCUCCCUCUUAAUGCAACACAAAGAUGACAGCACCCACCACGGAACUUUUGUGCUCUUCCUAGGUGUUGCUCUCGCUGUCACUGCCUUCCCUGUGCUAGCUCGAGUUCUUGCCGAGCUCAAGCUCAUCAAUACAGAGUUAGGGCGGAUUGCCAUGUCAUCAGCACUUGUCAAUGACAUCUGUGCUUGGGUGCUCUUAGCCUUGGCCAUCGCGUUAGCCGAGACCAACUCAACCAGUCUCACUUCCCUCUGGGUGAUUCUAUCGAGCACUGCCUUUGUGGUCGUGUGCAUCUUCUUGGUUAGACCCACCAUCAUGUGGAUGAUCCGCCGCACACCUGAGGGUGAGCCGUUCAGUGAUUUUUACAUAUGCCUUAUCCUCACAGGGGUUAUGAUCUCAGGGUUCAUCACUGAUGCUAUAGGAACACAUUCUGUAUUUGGGGCCUUUGUCUUCGGCCUUAUCAUCCCAAAUGGACCUUUGGGAGUAACCCUCAUAGAAAAGCUCGAAGAUUUCGUAUCAGGCCUUCUACUUCCUCUGUUUUUUGCAAUCAGUGGUCUUAAGACCGACAUUGGUCAAGUUGGCGGCCCCAAAGUCUGGGGCAAUCUCAUGGCUGUCAUUGUACUGGCUUGUUCUGGCAAGGUUGCUGGCACUGCUGCUGUCGCCUACUACUACAACAUGCCAAUCCGUGAAGGAAUCACCCUUGGUUUGCUCAUGAACACCAAGGGUCUAGUUGAAAUGAUUGUCCUAAAUGUGGGCAAGGACCAAAAGGUAUUAGACGAUGCAUCAUUUUCAAUCAUGGUGAUAUCAGCUUUGAUAAUGACUGGUGUGAUUGCUCCCCUGGUCACCGCAAUUUACCGGCCAGCAAGAAGAUCUGUGGCAUAUAAGAGAAGAACCAUACAAAAAUCAAAACCACAUGCUGAACUGAAAGUAUUGACUUGCAUCCACACCCCAAGGAAUGUCCCGACUAUAAUAAAUCUCCUGGAAGCCAGCAACCCGUCAAGAAAAUCUCCAAUAUGUGUCUAUGUGCUACAUCUAGUAGAAUUGACAGGACGAGCAUCAGCAAUGCUCAUAGUCCACAACACCAGAAAGUCAGGUCGGCCUGCUCUCAACAGAACACAAGCUCAGUCAGACCAUAUCAUCAAUGCCUUUGAAAAUUACGAGCAGCAUGCUCAAGCUGGAUCAAUCUCGGUCCAGCCCCUGACAGCCAUUUCCCCUUAUAACUCAAUGCAUGAAGACAUUUGUCACUUAGCACAGGAAAAGCGAGUGGCAUUUAUCAUCAUCCCCUUCCAUAAGCAACAAACAGUGGAUGGGGGCAUGGAAUCAACGAAUCCAGCCUUCCGAAUGAUAAAUCAGAAUCUAUUAGCCAAUGCCCCUUGCUCAGUUGGAAUCCUUGUCGACAGAGGGCUAAGUGGGUCAACCCGUUUGGCUGCAAACCAGGUGUCACACAACAUAGCAGUGCUCUUCUUUGGUGGGCCUGAUGAUAGGGAGGCACUUGCAUAUGCAUUGAGAAUGUCAGAACACCCUAGCAUCACAGUAACUGUAAUGAGGUUCAUACCAGGUGACGAUGCUUCUAGAACAACAUCUGUGGAGCCAAGUCGUGAGCCAGGGGAUCCUAGAGUGCUAACUGUGAUAACUGAUGCUGAACAAGAGAAGCAAAUGGAUGAAGAGUUCAUCAACGACUUCAAAACGAAGACCGCCAACAGCGACUCAAUCACCUACAUGGAGAGGGUUGUAGAUAAUGGGGAGGAAACUGUGGCUUCCAUAAGAGCAAUCGAAAGUGUUCACGAUCUUUACAUAGUUGGAAGAGGGCAGGGCAUGAUAUCACCACUAACAGCAGGUCUAACAGACUGGAGUGAGUGUCCUGAACUUGGAGCAAUAGGUGACAUGUUGGCAUCAUCAGAUUUUGCAGCAACAAGUUCUGUUCUAGUGGUGCAACAAUAUGUUGGUUUAGGGCCACAACAUGAAUCUCCACCAACUCCUGAUAGCCCUACUGCUCAAGCUGAUCUUGAUGAGCAAUUAAAUGCAGGAGUGCAUCAGACGAACCAAAGACAACCACCAGCAAAGGGUCAGAAUGCCUUCAAUCUCUAAAAAUUAGCCGUAACCUAGUGAUAUCUAACAAUGCUGACGCCGCAUUAUCAUCUGAUAAGAAGUAAUGAGAACAAUUUAUUGCGGCAUUUUCUAGCAGAAAUAGGACCCCCCCCCCGAACCCAUAUGCGACCUUUAUUCUUCUUUUUUUAAAAGUUAGUUUUCAUGAUUUCAUCUUCUGUUUACACCUCCCUCUAAUUCACUUCGCCAAAUUGACGCUCUAAGUCUCUAACUAUCCCCACACCUAUAUGGCUAUACCACUAAAUCUAUAUUCAAGUUGUGUAUAUAACUAAUUGUUACAAGAGCCCACUUGUAUAGUCAGUUAGUAAUCGCUUGGGAGGGGGGUUUUGACUUUUGAGUAUAAUUUUUAUAUUUAUCAUAUAUGGGCCAAUGGUUGCUUUAUAGUACUUGCAUUAAGUACCAUAUCAUCUGAACCUGGCACCCAACCCCCCUGCAAGAUAUUUUAUAUCUCAGAAUAUAGAUGAUGCAUUUUCCAUCCACAGAAGCCUCACAUGAUAUCCAUACAUUUGAAGUGACAAUUAUGCAGAUAACAAUCUAUUUCUGUUUGUUCCACCAUCCUCUCCUUCACCAGGGCUUAACUUUACCAUUCGUCUAGUUACUUUUAUAAGUGUAUCAUAUAUUAAGCAAGAAAGCCAUUCUACAAAAGACAAAUUAAUGUCGCCGGACAUGAAUUAAAAGCAAAUCACAAACUCACUCCAAACAAUUGUGAUUGAAUUGUCACCUCAAAUGAGUAAUUUCACCCGUGAUAAAUGACAGGUUAGAUUUGUGCCUUAUUGUAAAUUUGUAGAAACUUGGAUAAGCGUGGAAUUAUUACAAAGAAUCUAUUUUACUUCUUUUAUGUCACAUUAAUAUUUUGAUAUGGCUUCUUUGGUUUUCCAAUAACAAUUAUCUCAAAAGCCCAUUUACCUACCACCCCGGUUUUCCUGGUCUACUCACUUUAACAAAGGAAACUAAAGAGAGCUCAAAAGGGGGACAACUCAUGUGGAUACUUUUUCUUUUUAGAUUGAGAGAUAUUUGUUAAAGAUAACUGGUCACAAAAGGUGGGGUGGGAGAUGAUAUAAUAUGAAUAAAAGGUUGAUGUAAAUGGAAUGGAGUAAAAGUGAGUAGAACUUAGGAAAACGGAGGAAGUAUAUGCUUUUGUGCAUUGUAUUUUCUUAAAAAAAAAAUGCCUAGGGGGUGGAUCUAGCAUCCACAUAUUGACAUACAUUGAAUAUUUACCUUACAUAAUAAAUGAUUAAAUAGUACUCCCUUUGUUUUGGAAUUAUUGGCACACUCCCUUGGGCACGUAGUUAAAGAAAAUACCAUAGAAUGAGUUGUUUAAUGCAAAGUAAAGUCGAAGAAUUUAGUUUAUAUUAUUGAAAAAGGGAGUAUGUGAAAGUAGGAAACAUUAGAGGGCCAUUGUAAGUAUGGUUAAUAUAAUUUAAUAAUAGUGGGCCCUUGCCAUUUAUGGUAGAGUACUCUGAAAAGGCUAAUAGAGGGAAGUUUGUCAAUUUUUCCGAAACGGAGGGAGUAUACAUAAGUCUUUUUGCAAAGUUGUCUAGCCCUUUAUAACAAAUACAAUUUUUUAGUCCAAGGAGGUAGAAUAUGUUAAGUCCGCCAGUUCAAAUUAAAUUAUCAACAGAAAACCUGGAUUAUACACGAUCUUCCACUGUCUUUGGUCGUACAAGAUACAGAAUAUAAACCAUAAAAUCCAGAAAAAAAAAUCCUCAUGAAUUAAUAGCAAAGUACUUAAAGGUAAGUGUAAUAGAUCAACAUAAGGAAGGGUAGUAUAGGUAUUCUACUAAUAUUAGCUCACUAGGUUAAUAGUCCUUAGUAUAAAUAGAGAGGGAAGGAAAGGAAAUGGGUAGGCAAAAAUUGGAUGAAACUUGUUGAGAGUUGAGACCUCAAGUCACUUGGAGAGUGGUAACCUAAAGUUACCGAUUGGGAGAGAAUCAAGCCUCUCGAAAGCUUGAUAAUCUAUCUUACGAGUAGUUUGUUUAGUGUGUUAGAGUGUGUCAUUUCAUCUCAUCAAUUAUAAUAUUUCACAUUUAGCUUUUAUUAUUCCUUCCUUAAUCUGCAAUUUUCUGCCAUUAGUUACUGUUUAAUACCUAGCCAUGUCGGUACAUGACAGUAAGAUGUGCACUAGUCACCACACUAUACAGCUCAAAUUGAAAGGUACAUGAACUUUUCAUGCAAGAUCACAAGCAUCUCACUGCAAAAAAUUUUCUAAGAGGUAAUCUAUAUCUUCUAUCAUGACUCUUUGCUCUAUAGAAUGGUGUGAAACUAAUAAUUCCAUGAAUGCAUAUGGGAAGGUUGUAUAACAUGUACAGAUACUACCAAAAUUUCCCCUUUCCUAGAACCCAAUACAGUAAAUGAAGGACAAAAUCUGAUCACCUAAUGUGCAAUACAUAUAUGAUAUCACAGAAAAUGUGCAAUGGAAGUAACUUUGACAAGAAUUGGAA